CAGAAUUCAGAUCUAAGCGAUAUAAUAAUAAAAUCAAACUCAAUCGGGUUGCCAUUAGAUCAAGAAAAGGUGGAUCAAUACAUAAAGGCAAUGUCCGUAAGUGGCAGUGACAAGAUUAAGAAUGAGAAAUUGGCAGCAAUGUGGAUGUAUGCAGCGCAAAUGGGUACCCUACCACCACAAACAACCAAAACCACUUCCAAUGGUAGACGAAUUAUGCUAAUACCCGCUUCAGCAGGUAACAACACUUUACAUGCUACUCCGCCUCCGGCAACAGGUAUGAUGCUACCACCACCACUUAUUGUACCCACAGCGAUGUCUUAUCGUGGUAUGCCUGUACCGUAUGUGCGUCCCAGCUCGUUACUUUAUGCACACCCCAAUAGCAGCUUGAAUGGCACUUACCGUACGCAAAGGAGUACAAAAUCUGCUGACAUACAUAGUCAGCGAAGACGUCGUCGUGCUGGACAAAUGUUGCGUGCAGGAAAAAUGGAUGCAAAUCGACGUCAGCGUCGUAAAUCUGAAGCUGAUGUUAUAGAUGGUGAAGCCUUCCAAUACACAGGCUUAGAUCGUGCUAUCGCCGAUAGCUUUUUAGCUCGACAAGAACAGUCAAAUGCAGGUAGUCAGAUAGAUUAUUCAUCAUCAUCUUCGGCAGCAAGUGGCACCUUUGGAAAGUCAUCACAUUCAUCAAAAGCGAAAAUUGUUUGCAGGGAUGUCGUUAUGUAGAUAAGUGCUUUGUUAAGGAUUUUUGUUUGAAAUCUUUUUUAUACCUACUUUUGCUUGUAAAAGUGUUAACUGGAUCAUUUACUUUUGUAUAUAUAUUUUUAAUGCAUAUCCAAUUUUAUACUGUAUUUCUUCCUCUUUCUACAAUGUCUUCAACCUUUCUUAAAGAUUUUUUUAUAUAUGCAAUGCAUGUGUUUUUAUUAACAUAAGUUGACUUAAGUGUAACAGAUCAGAAAA